AUAAUAAUAUGGCUGGUCUUUUGUGAUGGAUGAAUCUUUCAUUAAUCUCACCAAGAAUCUUCCUUCAACUGAUUUUAUGAGGGCUGUCUGAGAUAACCAGAUAAGUUGAGAAACAUUUGUAUAAUUGUAUGUAACAAUGGAGAACAAAGUUGAGAUCUUAUCAAGAGAAGUAAUCAAACCGUCUUCUCCAACUCCAAAUGAUAAGAGAAUUCUCCGUCUCUCUCUUCUUGAUAUCCUCAGCUCACCCAUGUACACAGGUGCACUUCUCUUUUACGCUGCAGACCCGCAUAACCUUCUCGGUUCUUCAUCAGAAGGAACAUCCUUGAAGCUCAAGAAAUCUCUGUCUAAAACAUUACCAAUCUUCUACCCUCUUGCCGGAAGAAUCACUGGAAGUUUCAUCGAAUGUAAUGAUGAAGGAGCUGUGUUUAUAGAAGCUAGGGUGGACCAUCUUCUCUCGGAGUUUCUCAAGUGCUCUGUUCCUGAAUCAUUGGAAUCACUCAUUCCCGUUGAAGCUUUAUCAAGAGAAGCAGUUACAUGGCCUGUGUUGCUAAUCCAGGCCAACUUCUUCAGCUGUGGAGGAUUAGUUUUAACAAUCUGUGUUUCUCAUAAGAUCACUGAUGCAACAUCCUUAGCAAUGUUCAUCAUAGGAUGGGUUGAGACAGCAAGAGGUUUAGAGAUUACAAUGACUCCUAGUUUCACCGCUUCAAAGUUCUUUCCUCCACCUCCUGAUGAGCUUCCUUUUAAACCGAUGGAUCGUAAAGUAGAGGUUGAAGAGAUGAACUAUGUAACAAAAAGGUUUGUGUUUGAUGCUUCAGAGAUCAAGAAACUUAGAGCCAAAGCUUCAUGUAACCUUGUCAAGAAUCCAACUCGUGUUGAAGUGGUUACAGCUCUCUUCUGGAGAUGUGCAACUAAGGCUUCUAGGUUGAGUUCUUUAACAACAAGAACUUCGGUGUUGCUGAUACCGGUGAGCAUACGAGGGAAGGUAGAUUAUUUGCCUGAGAACACCAUUGGGAAUAUGCUUUCCAUCAUGAUUCUCAAGAACCAAGAAGGUAUGAUAGAUGGGAUUCAAGAUGUGGUUAGUGAGUUGAGGAAAACAAAGGAAAACUUCAGCUUAAGAUGCAAGGAAAUGUCGUCGUCGAUAGUUCUUGAGUCUUUGGCAGAGAUUGGGAAAGUAUAUGGAAGAGGAAAUGAGAUGGACUUGUGGAUGAGUAAUAGCUGGUGUAAGCUUGGCAUGUACGAGGCUGAUUUUGGAUGGGGAAAGCCGGUUUGGGUGACCGGAAGAGGCACUUCUAGUUUCAAGAACUUUAUGUUGUUAAUUGAUGCUAAAGAUGGAGAGGGGAUUGAAGCUUGGAUCACUCUUGUUGAUAAACACAUGUCUCUUUUCGAACAAGAUGAAGAGCUUCUUGAAUCAGCUUCCUUGAAUCCCCCUGUUUUGAUAUAAUAAACACGUCAUGGUGAUUAGCCAUUAUGUAUAUGUACCCAAGUAAACAGAAGUUCAAAUAUUUGGUUCUUGAAAGCUGGAUUGUUUUGUCAACAUUAUUAAACUUGAUGUGUGUAACCCAAGUUUAUACUGACGUUAGGUGAAUACUAUAACUUUUAUUUAGAGUUGAAAAUUGUGCAUUUGGUGCAAGUGACCAAAGCAGCUUCACAAGAUACAUUUUCCGGCAAGAAAUCACUUUUUUCUUUCUCUUAUACACAUACAUAAUAGCUUCAGUCUUGUUGCAAAUGUCAUUGAAAACGUGUUCGAGUGAAAAGGUUUUGUGAGACACUAACCAAUUGUUUUUGGUGGUGCUUAAACAUAUAUAAUCCUGGUUGAAGUGAUAAUAAGUUAUGUAUUUUAGGCGCGAGUGAAAGAAUACAAAAUUUUAAAGUAUCAAUCAAUAUCUGCGGAUGCUGUGGAAUGAUUUUCCAACAUUUAGAAUAGAAAAAUAACAAAAAAAGUUAGAGAUGGUUUUAGAAAUAAGAAGUACCAAUCAACUCCCAACAUCAUCAUUAACAUAGGUGGGGUUGCUGGUGGAUGGGGCUGAACAACUUUACCGUGAACAUUUGACUAUUCCUUAGCUCAACUUUAAUUAUUUGCGACUUAUAUAACCUAUGGUUUUAAUUUGUAUGUUUGUCGUUGAUAGAUUCCUCCUUCCAAGUCAAUGGAACCAUUAGGUAGAAACUUGAUCAGUUAAUUUCUAUUUUUGAAUAGAAAAUUAGGGUAUGAAUUAUUCCAAAUUCUCAUUCUUUAACUUCACUUAUAUGGGCUGUUCAUCUACUUUGAAUUAAUUUGAUCACUAACUACGACCAAUAACAACUAACCAGAAGAAUAGUAACCAGAAGAAUAGUAAUAUAUUUAACUGUAUUUUAAAACAAAUAUCAUAUGUGAAGUUAGGUUAUAGUUUACUAACAAUAUUUUGUAUUUGAAAUACUGGGAGAUAGAUUAGUUUGUUACUUACUCGCUGGGGAUCCCCACGCGAAGAGUAAUGAUUCAAGAAGUUAAAACUAUAGUUUAUAAAACCGAAAACGUGGGGUUUUAUUUGAGAAUUACGUAUGUAUAUGUUCUCCACACGAUCAAAGCCACGUUCAAAGGAUUACAUCUGAAUUGAUAAAUUCAAAGGACUUAAUUAAAAAGGGAUUAUCCACCAUACUCAAUAGCAAACGUGCAAACUUCUGAAAUGUUGAGGAUAUUAUUAAUCUUCUUAAGUGCUUGUUACGUUGUACUGUAGUGUCUCGUGAAGUUUGUCCAAGAAAGAAACAAAAUAUAUAAAAAAAUCAGCAUUGGAUGAAGGUUUCGUAACUGUUUCUAGAAUCCGUUCUUAUAAUUUUGUUGUAAAGUAACGCAUUUGUGGCACAAUAAGGAUACCAAAUCGUGAAGAUAUAUAUCUUAAUAUAUACUCGUAAAGCUGGAAUGAUAAAAUCAGAAAUCAGAUGGAACAAACAAAAACAGAUAACAUUUUUUUUUGUUUUUUGAUCAAACAAAAACAGAUAACUAAAACAACAAAUUAAAGACUUGGUACAUUGAUUCCAUAAUGGAAUCAGAUAUAAUGUUGGUUAUGACAGGUCACAGAUAUUGAAAUACUUUUAUAUAAGAACCUUGAUUAAAAAAUAAAUGCCAGUUUCGAAACGAAGACCUACCUGCCAACAGAAAGCAUAUAAAUGUUUUUGUAGUAGAUAAGGACAAAGAGAGGCUAUUUUCCUCUCUCUCUCUCUCUCUCUCUCUCUCUCUCUCUCUACAUUAUUAAACAACGAACACACACUCAUUAUCGCAUCAUAUCCAUUUUCAAACGUUACAAUUUAUGAUCUCUUCUGUAACAGAGAAACCAAACUUUUUUUGGGAAGGAGAAAUAAAAAAAGAGAUAAGAUUUUUUAUUUUUUUUAUGCAGUUUGCCUUGGCUUUCACGAAGUCUGUCUCUUUCUCUGGCCGCUAAAUUCACCAAAGAGCGAAACGUCGUCCCCCUUUUUCUUCCAAUCUUUUUCUAGAAAUUUAUAAAGCAGAACCGAAGAGAUAUAAAGCCGAGGAGAGAAAAG